AUGGCCGGAAAAUCCUCUCUGCACGCGCAAGCCACGGCUAUGUCGUCAGUGCCGUUCAGCGCUGUGGAGGACGCGCGCGCGGCCGGGCUGUACGUGCGCAUUGGCCCUGAGAAGCUGGCCUCGCUUUCGGCCGCGUUCUACGAGCGGGUGUACUCGGACGAGCCGUGGUUCCGCGCGCUUUUCGCCAGCACCUCGCGCGCUGCCGCAACGCGCAAUCAGGUCGAGUUCCACGCGCAAGAGUUCGGCGGCCCGAGGUUGUACGAGGAGCGCAAGGGCCCCACUAUGCUCCUCGGGAGGCACGGGCCGUAUGCUAUUGGAAAGAGAGAGGCGGAGAGAUGGCUGGCUCUAAUGGAAGCCGCCAUUGACGAUGUCGCCAUUGUAGGUGAGGAGGCGGCGUUGCUUAGGGGCUAUUUUAGACAUAUGGCUUGGUAUAUCGUAUAUGGGAGGGAGCUGGUUAAUCCGGCUCGCACCGUCGGGUAUUAUGGAAAACAUCAGGAGGGAGAGGUAUGA